UUUGUUUCCUUUUCUGAGCGGUCACUUGCAGCAUGUGGCAGCAGACGAACAGUUUCCUUCUUAUUCUGUCUGUGGUAACAGUGUCACAUCCUUGGAGCAUGACAGUCCCUCCAAAGGUCACUGUCUCCAGGGGAGAAGAUGCCGUCCUCUGGUGCUCCUUCACACAUCCCAGACAGCAGGACUACUCUGGGCUGAUCACUGUUAAAUGGAUUGCUCGAGAAUCGAGAAUUGGGCUAUUCUAUAGCUGCUCUGUUAAAAACACCUCGAUGGAGGAACUCAGAGAAUGUUCAGCUUCCACAUUAAGAUAUUCCUUGAGUGGAGAUCCUCGACGGGGGGAGCUGUCACUUCUCAUCAGGAAGGUGGAGCUGACUGAUGAGGGCACGUUCUUCUGUCGAGUGGAGCUGGAUGGUCAGCAAAGUCAUAUACAAAAAGAGGUGCAUCUUUAUGUAGAAGCUAGACCUGAGAUCCUGAGUCUCUCAGUGAUGAAGUCACCCUCCGGGUCAGACAGCGCCCCCCAGAGGCUGCGGUGCGAGGUGGAAGGACACCCACCACCGAAGAUCGUCUGGCUGUCAGCCUCCAGACGCAUGAAAGAGGUUCAGGUCCAGACCUCUAAGUCUGGUCCGUAUCGAGUGGUCAGUUCUGUGCCGUACCAGGAGGGGGAGGUCUUGACCUGCAGGGCGGAGAGCAGGCUGGGUGAAGUGGAGAGGGGGUAUCCACCCAGUAAUACCCUGAUGAUAACUCUUACUGUGUGCGGCCUCAUUGCACUGCUGCUGCUGCUCUUGGUAGGCGUCCUUGUGUACUGCCUGAGAAACAGAGCUCGAGCUGACACUUCUCCAGUUUACCCUAACGCUCAAGUAGUGGAGGAUCACAGACAACAUGGCUUCGAGUCUCUGGCUGAUGGUUACGCUGAGGUCCAGCCGGUUUAUUCAACUGUCACCAUGUCCAGCUCCACCUCCUGUGUCCACUACUCUCCUGUGAAUGUCCAGUAGUGAGUGAGGUGGGAACAUUUUCACCCUGUGUGACAUCAUAAAGAUCUAUGAGCUUGUAUGUCAUGUUCUAUCCUUCCCAGAAACAACAGAUAAUCUCCCUGAAGUUUCAGACCAUGUUGAUGCUCUAAAUACAUCUUAAAGAGUAAGAUUCAGGUUGGUUUUCCUCAGGAAACUAAAAUCCUUUGAGCCCAGCAGGAAGAUUUGAACCGUCAGAGCUGUCAGAACUUCAUGGCCUCGUUUGUUGUUUGUGGUCUUUUUAAAUAGCUGAACUGUUUUGAGUGGUAGCUACAGAAACAGAUCUUAGAUGUUUCUUGUUCUCACAGCUGUGAAACUUAAAUGUUGUGAUAUUUGAAUGUUUUAUAAUGGUCUAUACAUUUUUCACAGCAUUUGUGUGGUCUUGUUUCAACAGUUUGACCCAUUUCAUUUGUCCUGCUUUGCUUUUA